AUGGACAGUAAUUUGCAUUCAAAUGAUGAUAAUUCAUUCAUUGUACCGGAGGAUUUAGUACUGGAUGAAAGAGUUGAUAAUUGGUACACGAAAGAGGGUGUGUACGGUGCAAAUGCAUACUACUGCAAAUCAAAGAAAGGAGGAGUCCCAACGCAAAUAAGGAUAGCCAAACGAUUUUUUGAACAGGUUAAAGACGGGUAUCACGAACAGGAAUUUGGACCUCCGCCUAAGGUAAGGAAAAUCGAAAGAGAUAUCGAGAUGACAGAGCAAAGGAUUACACGAUUAUCAAAUUAUCUUGCACUAGAUGAUCAAGACAUGCCUGUACAAGCCAUACCACCAGAUUUAGGAGAUGAGAGAUUAAAUCGCUUGGUAUCGUUUUUGAGUUAUCAUUUUCUAGAGAUUGAUAGAAAAUUUGAUGCUAUGAAAGAAGAUUCUAAUAGCAGAUUUGAUGGGUUAGAGCGUAAGAUAAACAGUGUAACAGGACGAUUUGAAAACAGAUUCAAAGAAAAAGGAGGCGAGGAAGAUACACCUCAAGCUUAUGAUCCAAUUCUUAAUAGGUUGAAUCAGUAUCCUCAUGAGAAUGGAUUGAACAGGAUAACGUCACUUCAUCAAAUUAAUCGGUUCACAGGUCAGCAAAUCAUAAGAUAUUUGGAGUUCUACGGUUUGAAUACGGAGGGGACACUUCAAGAGAAGAAGUUAAGACUAAUAGAAUUUCUUGGAAUUAAUGUUGAAACAAUAGUUAGUACGAUUAAGAUUACGAAUACGAGCAAAGUAGCAGGCACAAAGGCUUAA